UGGCUUUGCCAGAUUUUCUCAUACAUAUUUUAAAAAUGAAAAAACUAAUAUGAAUGAUGUUACUAUGCAUUUAACCAAUGUAUCCAUACAAAAAAAUGCAGAAGGGUAUGAUGAUACAGUAGGAGGGAAAUGGUUUGUUAGAGAAUUGUUUUUAUAUAUGAUUAGUCGUUAUGGAUAUGAAAAUAUUACCAUAUUAAUUAAAAAUAUAGAAGAAUGUAUUAUUCAAUCUUUUCUAGCUGUUCAUAAAAUUAUAAUUAAUGAUAAACAUUGUUUCGAAUUAUAUGGAUUUGAUAUCCUUAUUGAUAAUAAUUUAAAACCAUGGUUAAUUGAAGUCAAUUCAUCUCCUUCCUUUUCUUCAAAUACGAAAGACGAUUAUACUCUGAAGUUUAAUUUGUUGGAUGAAUUGAUGACCCUCAUAAAUAUUGAAAAGUACGACAUCCCACAAAUUGAUAGAAUUGGAGAUUUUGAUUGUAUAUAUAGAAAUGGGGAAAAAAUACAAAAUCUGGAUCCCUACAAUUUUCAUUCACACUUAG